ACGAGGGCUCCCCGCAGCCGGGGACGAGGGAAGGGAGGGGAGCUGGAGCCGCGGGGCCCGCUGCAGCAGAAGUGGGAGGAGAAUGGGAGGAGCUGGGGGGCAGGCAGUCGGGGAAGGAGGGGUCUUAAGGGGCGGCGAGCCCAGGUCGAAUUUCCUCGGAGGCUGCUGAUCCGCGAAGCUCCCACCUUCGCUUUGAGCUCGUUGCAGCCGUUCUGUCCCGCGCCCUCCGGAGCCCCGGACCGGACCAUGAUGUGGAAACACUGGCUUGCGCUCGCGUUCGUGGCCGUCGCCUGGGUCCACGCCGAGGAAGAACUAAGAAGCAAAUCCAAAAUCUGUGCCAAUGUGUUCUGUGGAGCCGGCAGGGAAUGUGCCGUCACAGAGAAGGGAGAGCCCACGUGCCUCUGCAUUGAGCAAUGCAAACCUCACAAGAGGCCUGUAUGUGGCAGUAACGGCAAGACCUACCUCAACCACUGUGAGCUGCAUCGCGAUGCCUGCCUUACUGGAUCCAAAAUCCAGGUUGAUUAUGAUGGACACUGCAAGGAGAAGAAAUCUGUAAGUCCAUCUGCCAGCCCAGUCGUUUGCUAUCAGGCCAAUCGAGAUGAGCUUCGGCGUCGCAUUAUCCAGUGGCUGGAAGCUGAGAUCAUUCCAGACGGCUGGUUCUCUAAAGGCAGCAACUACAGUGAAAUCCUAGACAAGUACUUUAAGAAUUUUGAUAAUGGCGACUCUCGCCUGGAUUCCAGUGAGUUCCUGAAAUUUGUGGAGCAGAAUGAAACUGCCAUUAACAUCACCACCUAUGCAGACCAGGAGAACAACAAGCUGCUCAGAGGACUCUGUGUCGAUGCGCUCAUUGAACUGUCCGAUGAAAAUGCCGACUGGAAACUCAGCUUCCAAGAGUUCCUCAAAUGCCUCAACCCAUCUUUCAACCCUCCUGAGAAGAAGUGCGCCCUGGAGGAUGAAAGGUAUGCAGAUGGAGCCGAGACCGAGGUGGAUUGUAACCGCUGUGUCUGUGCCUGUGGGAACUGGGUCUGCACAGCCAUGACCUGUGAUGGAAAGAAUCAGAAGGGGACCCAGACCCAGACAGAGGAGGAGGUGACCAGAUAUGUCCAGGAGCUCCAAAAGCACCAGGAAACAGCUGAAAAAACCAAGAAGGUGAGCACUAAAGAGAUCUAAGAAGAGGCACUUAGACACAGUGUCUGGAACCCAGCACCUUCUCUUCCACUCCAGCGCUGAGUCCAGUAUACGCAAGUGUCUGCUACAAUCGCCAAAUCACCAGUAUUUGCUUAUAUAGCAAUGAAUUUUAUUUUGUUUAUUUGUUUUGCAAUAAAGGAAGUGGGGGUGGCUGGCUAGUAGGGGAAGGGCCAUAGCCUUCAUUUCUAGGAGUACUUCCAGAGAAACUGUGCUCUGGGGUUAGAGGCAAGUAAAGAAACUGCAUCAGGGUGGGGAGGGAGCAGACCCAGAUCUGAAGCCUUUCUGAGUCCACCACAGCUGUGUGCAGACUGCAGGGAGAGACACGCAGUGCCAGAGAAGACUGAGCAGGCCGUCCCUGCAGGAGGACAGUGGAGAGGAACUCAUUCUGCUUUCAGCCCAUGCUGUUGCUACUGUCAGCAUGACAGACCUCCAGCAUCUCUGCUUCUCCAUUGCCUUUAGAUACACAACCACCCUGUUAGUUACCUGUGUCCCGCAGGCUUGGAUGGAGUUUCUGGGAGGGUAUGCCCAAAUGAUGCAGAUACUUGUAUACUUCAAGCCCCGUAGAGACUUAACCAAAUUUUUUAAAUACUUUUUACCAAAGGUGCUAUAUCUCUGUCAAACACUUUUUUUUUUUUUUUUGGUAAGUUGACUUCAUUCUUCAAUUAUUAUCAUUAUAUUAUUGUUGUUGUUUUAUAAUAUUUUAUUUUCUUGACUAGAUAUUAAGCUUUUGUAAUUAUUUUCCAGUACUACCAUUUCAGAGGUGGAAGGAGUUUGGGAUUCUUCCUGGUACAGGAACUUCUGUAACCCAGACCCCCCAACCCCACCACAUACUAGAGUAGAUAUACCCUACAGUGUCAGCACCUCUGGCUUCUAGCAGAUCAGCUGUGUACCACAAAGGGCAGAAGUUUCCUCAGACAGAAGCCAGGGGAUGAAGCGUCUUCAUAUAAAGCUUUCAAGAUCCAAAAAGUUAAUUUGUUUUCAUUUAUUCUGAGAAGUUCAGGCAAAUCACUGUUUGAAAGGCUAGAGGCUUACAGUGCCUCCAACAUGCUCAUUGAUCUACCAUUAGCUAGCACAGUGAUAUGGCCCCAAUCUCCUGUUACUGGGCCUCAGUUUCCUCAGUGAGCUGAUAAGAAUGCAUUAACCUUUUGAUCUGACAGAUUUUGUGGUUCUGGUAAUUAGUCCAGAGCCAGGUAGGUUCCUGUGAUUUUCCUUCUUAUGAUAAACCUUAUCAACAAGAAGAGUCAGAUAGCCAAAAAUAAGAUGUCCAAGUUUGACCUCAGCCUGAAUGACCCUUGCCAGACCUCCAUGGGAAAGUGUGCCCAGGAGGAGAGUGCAAGAGAGAGAACCACCCCUCUGUCUUCGGCUGUGCAUGGCACGGGCAAUCUCUUGUUGGAGUCAGAAAGAGCUUUCCCUUUAGAGAAGAGAACAAAAGAAAGUUUGACAUUUGAGGGGGUGAAAAACAGAGAUGGAAUUUUCAAACUGAACCUUGGGGAGAAGUCAGUUGUUCACAGUCAGUCCUGUGUCUGUGGCCUUGGAUUAUUAUACCCGCUCAUUACCCUGUUUUAGAUGUGUUUGUCAUAACAAGGUCAAACAUUUGAAGAAUUCAUUUGCAAAAAUUAAAUUACAUAUUAUGUAGUUUGUAUGCACAGGCAAUUGUGAGAAAGUCUGCCAGAAUUCCUUCUAAGUAGUUUUCCUUGUUCUCUUUGAAAGGGGAAAAUUCCACUUCACUUCUAAUUCUGCAAAAAAAUUCUUUCAUGUACCAUCCCAUUUAAAAAAUACUUUGAACCUCCCCACCCCCUUGUGCAGUCUGAAAUGCAGCUCCCUGUCCAAGUGCCUUGGAAAACUCACAGCAGCAUGCCUUAAUUAAAAGAAGUUUUGCCAGUUCUUGGACACAAUGAGAGAGGGCAGGAGUCCUAGUUGGUUUAAAGCAAGAAGCCACAGUGUCUGUUCACUGGUCACAUUUAGAACAAUGAUUACCAUCCAAGACUCUACCCAACCCUGCAACAUUGAAUUCCCAAGAGCAAAUCCACAUUCCUCUUGAGUUCUGCUGCUCUGUGUAAAUGGGGCAGCUGUUGUCUGCACCAUGAGAUCACAUGAUCUGAGGACCAUUCAUGGAAAAGCUGCUAAAUAGCCUAGUUUGGGGAGCUUUGCAUGGAACGAACAUGCAGGAUCAAAUCAGGUUCAGUUCUUUCAGCCCUCUGAAAGCAUUUAAGGCAUAGCUGCAAGCUUUUUGAGCUUUCUGUGUGUGUGUGGUUUUAUAAGCAGUGUCUGCUAAGAUCCAGUGUCCAUGGAAACCUUCCCACAUGCUGUGACUCUGGACUAUCACUGUUUUGGGAAAGCAGGGCUCUUCCACCAGCUAACAAGCCCAUGUGAACCAGUCUGAAUGUCUUUCCUUUAGCCUAUGAUUUAAAUAGUCAAACUUCAGGAAACAAUUAACAGGUUUGUUGCCUGUGUGUUUGUGAAAAUGUAUUUGUAUUUAGUAUGCUUCCAUAUUGCAUUUAACUUGUUUUUGUAACUCCUGAUUUUUUUUGGUUACUAUUGAUAAAUAAAACAAAUAAAAUAAUA